AUGGAACUUUUUUCUGCCAUUGUGUUUGGAGGAGGAGCUGUUCUAGGAAUUGCAACUUUCUUGCUGCUCUCCUGGGCAAUUUAUUACGAUUUCACCCGAACGAAGAUUCCCUCUGGAUUUGACCAUCCCUUUACGCUGCGCCUCCUUCAUGUGGGUCUUGUUGUACUCUUCACACUGGGGAAGGGCUUGGAACUGUUGCAUCUAUGCAGACAAGUUGCUUUCAUUCGCUUCCUGAUGUCUCUCAAGAAAUCAAGAGUGGAUCCAGGCCUUUCCUCCAGAGAUUUAAGCUUUGACGGGGUGCCCGUCAGGGUUUACUAUCCCAAAGCACCAGCCACCAGCCGGAGAAAAGGGUUUGUUUUCUACCACGGAGGGGCUGGCAUGAUCGGGAGCAUUGCUUACUAUCAAGACAUCACCAGUAAAAUUGCUAAGGAGAGUCAAUCAGUGGUUGUGGCUGUCAGCUACCGUUUAGCGCCUGAGCACCGUUUUCCUGCCCAGUGGGAGGACUGCCUUACUGCCACCGUGCACUUCAUGAAGCACGCAGAGGACCACGGGGUGGAUCCUUCCCAGAUUAUCAUCGGUGGAGACAGCGCAGGGGGCAAUUUCGCGACCGUUCUCUCUCAAGUACUCCUGGGGCGACCGGAUCUCCCCAAGCUGCGGGCUCAAGUGCUGAUCUACCCCGGGGUCCAGGCAAUGGACUUCAACCUGCCAUCCUAUCAGCAGAACUGUGCCAUGCCAGUCUUGUUCCAGGACAGCGUUGUUUACUAUGGGCUAAAGUUCUUUUUAAAGGAUUCCUCACUGAUGGAUGAUAUCUUGAAGGGAUCUCACGUGCCUGAUGAACUUAGGCAGAAAUAUGAAAAGUGGGUAAGUCUGAACAACAUUCCUGAGAAAUUCAAACGCCGGGGGUACAAGAGAAUGCCACUAGCUCCUUACAAGCCUGAGAUUUACCGCCAGCUUCCAGAUAUACUCCACCCCACAUUUUCUUCACUGUUUGCUGAAGAUGUUGUCAUGCAACAACUCCCAGAGACUUUUAUUGCAAGUUGUGAGUAUGAUGUCUUUCGGGACGACUCUCUCUUGUACAAGAAACGGUUGGAGGAGAACGGUGUGAAAGUCACUUGGUUCCAUGCUGAACAGGGAUUUCAUGGUAUCAUCAACCUCUGUCACAUGAGCCUUUUGCGGUUUCCGGCAGGGGUAGAAAUACUGGACAAAGCAGUGGACUUUGUCAGACAUUUAUGA